UGCAUUUUUCACUUUUUGACACUUUUCGUCAAUGUCUCGAGCGUUGUUUUGCUAAAAUUUACGUGAAGAGAAAAAAGUUGGAAAAUUUUGCCGCAAAUGAAGUGAAAGUAAGCGGAAUCGCUUCUCCGCGCCCGAAAACAAACGAUGAACUUCUUCAUCCCAAACGACCAGAUUAAGCGGGAUGGAGUCUACCUUCAACAGCAUCUUCCGCCACAGUUGCUUCCACAGGUACUUCAGCAAGUUCAUCCCCAGCUGCAUCCGUCUCAGCAGCACCAUCAGAUGUUACACCACCACCUCCAGCAGCAGCAGCAGCAGCAUUCCGGAGGUACCCACAUUGGCAGGGAGAAUGACCAACCCUUGAAUGUGGAGGUGAUACCAAUCGCCAAUUUGAAGCAGGAAUUCGAUCCAUACGAACAGGUGACUCCACCGGUGUCGCAAAACGUAGUUGUCCAGACGAUUCCUCACCAGGUCAACAUACCGCAGCUGUUGGCGCAGGAAUCAACCUCGCAACCCACGGACAUCGCAACGCAAACGACCUCCACAACGACCGGCAAAAAGAAAAAGAAACCCAAGGCAGCCAAAACGAUUGUCCUGCCACCACUGCCGGAAGGCUUCAUCGUUAAGAUUAAGGAAGAGUACACCGAGAACUACGUCCGAACCGUUACGAAAAUUCCGGAAGAUCAAUUCAUUCGCACAAUCAAACCAGCGGGCAAAAAGGAACGGAAGUACCACGACUACAACCAGAUCAGCGAGUACCGGUGCGAACUGUGCGGGAAGUAUUUCAAAGACAAGUACAAGCUCAACUACCACGUGAGGAUUCACAGCCCGGAACUGUCGCACAGGUCCUCUUUCAGGUGCGACAUCUGCGGCAAGGUCUUUGCCCACCAGUCCACGCUCAGUAACCACAAACGGAUUCACUCAGGUGAACGAGCUUUCAAAUGUGGCACCUGUGGGAAAGCAUUCGUGCAGAGUUCGGCCCUAUCGAACCACACCAAGAUCCACACCGGCGAGCGGCCGCACGAGUGUCUGAUCUGCGGCAUCAGCUUCAUCCAGAAGAUCAACCUGAUCUACCACAUUAGGAUCCACAACAACGAGCGCCCGUAUCGGUGCAACGUGUGCAACAAGUCAUUCAUUCAGCAGAGCCAUAUCAAGAACCACAUGAAGGUUCAUAAGAAAGACAAUCCGAUGGAUUGUAGCAUUUGUGGGAAAAACUACACGGAUCUCAACGAGCUGACCGAUCACUAUUCGUCCCACACGGUCGAGUUGCCAUUUCGCUGCCAAACCUGUGGCAAGUGUUUCGCCCAGGCGAAUCAUCUUAAAAUUCACAAAAAGAACUUCUGCAAUAAGACGACCCAAACCUAGGAGUAGACUGCGGAACGCACGAUUCGUUCGUCAAUCGAAUUCUUACCGAACAUUUGAUUUGAUUCAUUGUUGAAUGCAUUAAUUUCUUUUCGAUUUGAUCCCCAAUCAGACGAGAAACGAUACCGUGCUCUCGUUAUGUCUUCGUUGUUGUUGAUCUCCCUGUGGGGACUAGAAUGAUUUAUUAGAUUGUAAGCUUUCCUUUUUUUAGUUCCAUUCAGCAGCAGCAAUCAGAAUAAAAGAUUCUCGUAGGAGCUCUAGUUCUUAGAUUUUCCAUUAAAAAUGUAUAUUUUGUGAUAGUUAAGCCUAAAAUGUUUUAACACUGCUACUUCAAUUGUCGUGUAUUAUUCGGUACAAUACUACUGAAGAAAAUGCAUUAUGUACCGAACGGUCGAUUAAAAAUUGGAAAUCGAAACUGUAGGAUAAACAAACUGCUUUGAAAAUUAAUAGCCAAGAAGAUAGACGCAUCAA